AUGGCAAAGGCAGCUAAGGAAAUUCAAAUGGAGAACCCAGGAGAGGCAGAGACUCACAGCACAGAGGCAGCGUGCUCCCCGUCAGAGGAACAGGCAGAAAAACCCGCCAUGCUCUGUUUUAAGAAACGAAAGAAGUCCUGUAAGAAGGGGCUGACCAUGAAGGAUGCAUGUGAAGGAGCCUCAGAGGAGAAAAGCCAAAGUGUCAGUGCCGACCGAGGGGAGGAGAAAGUUUCUAAACAAUCGCAAUCCUCCAAAGGAGCCUGGGCAGCCAUCAAAAACCUCGCAAGACCUCGGAGAAGGCAAAAAUCCUCCUCGCGGAAGAAGCUGCCCUCCGAUUCCCAAGUGCAGCUGGAGACGGAUGCUGAGGAGAGCUGUGCACAAAGCUUCCCAAAGAAACGGGCAAGCUCUGGGGUGAAGAUGCCCUGUGUGAGGUUCUCCAGAGGCAAGAAAAAACCCAGCCCCUCUGAGGCAGUGGAGGAGUCGGAGGGCAGCGUUCAAGCAAAUGAAGUGGUGGGCAUUGUCAAUAAAGCUAGUGAAGAGCCGGAGGAUUUGGCCCCAACAGACAAGUCUGAGUCCUUCAGCCCAGCCUCUGCAGAGGAGGACCAGGAGGACCAGGAGACCACGAAGGAAAGCACCGACUCCGCUGGGAAGAGUGAGCCCGUGACAGAGCCCACGGCUGAUGCAGAGGAGCACACGGAGUGCACCGCUCAGUCAGAUAGAACCAAUUCAGAGACAGUUAAUGAAACAGCCCAGGAAAAACCACAGGAGGGGAGCCUGCCCCAGGAAAAACCACAGGAGGGGAGCCUGCCCCAAACCCCAGUCCAGGUGGAAAGUGGGGAAGGUGCUCCUGAAGCGCCCGUUUCCACGGAUCAGCCCGACAGCACCCCUGAAACCACGGAACUGCAGGAAAUCCCUAAUAUCUGCAAAGAGCUGCCUGAAGGGGAUGAGUCGGAAAAGAGCAUAAAUCUUCCUGAGGAGUGCGAAGCCAAAGAGACUGUGACGGAUUCCAGUCAGUCGGCAUUUAAAGAGGAUGCAGCGAGCGUGCAGGGCUGCUCCAGCCAUCAGGUGACAUUAGAAGCAAACAUGGGUGCUGGUGUCAGCAUCAUCAUCACUGUCACCGAAGCCGAGGACUCUGACAACACCGACUCUGAUCAGGCCUACGAGCCAUCCCCAGUUUUGCACCGAAACAAACAAAAAGGGAAUAAAAAAUCAAGCGGGAGCUUUGAUUUUGGUACAAAAGAGGGCCCUGAAGCUGGUGAUGGUCCCCAGGCGGAGGAGAAAGGUCUGGGCGACCAGGGGCACAGAACUGGGGAGCAGUACGAGCUGCUCCUCAUAGAAACCGCAUCUUCCCUUGUGAAGGCGGCCAUUCAGUCGUCCAUAGAGCAGCUGGUCAAUGAAAUGGCCCUGGAACAGAAUAAACACAACAGUUUUCUGUGA